AUGCCCCUAUCCGCUAUCCGUACGGCCAUCUCAUACCCAUAUCCAACCGCCAAUCCCGGCCAUGGAUUCUGGGGCGAACAGACGUCAACGCUCAACUUUUGCGAAGAGGAUUAUGCGUUGUCUUCGUAUUGCGCUGAGCUUUGUAAUACAGUGACAAACGCCAUAUUCAUGUGGCUUGGGAUAAAAGGGGUUGUGAAUUGUCUGCAGCAGAAGCAUCCGUCGAUAUUCCUCAUCUCUUACCUCGGCUACAUGGUGGUAGGACUAGGCUCCAUCCUCUUUCAUACGACGUUGAAGUAUCCGAUGCAACUGGUUGAUGAGCUGUCCAUGAUAUAUACUACCUGCCUGAUGAUGCAUGCCAGCUUCGCCUACUCACGCUCACGAACUUUCUCAGCUGUUCUGGGAAUCGGCCUGCUUUCGCUUUCCGGUUCGAUCACGGUUUACUACCACGUCACCAAGGAUCCUGUCUUUCACCAAGUCGCCUAUGCCUUCCUCACGGCUACGGUCGUUUUUCGGAGCAUGUGGGUGAUGGAGUCGCAGUUACGGCCUGUGUUGAGUGCUCGCGAUCCAGAGGAGGCGGCCAGGGUGCUGAAUACGAUGUGGGCCAUGAUUGCUACCGGACUGAGCGUCUUUCUUGGCGGAUUCUUGAUCUGGAAUCUCGACAACGUCUUUUGCUCCCAGGUGCGGCAACUGAGGCAUGCUGUUGGACUUCCAUGGGCCGUACUGCUAGAGGGCCACGCCUGGUGGCACCUUAUGACCGGUCUUGGUAAUUUGAACACUCCCAUCAUCGCACUAUAA